AGAAAGGCGCCAAAUCGUAUACACAAAGAGGUUAUUUUUUGUGUUCUGAAGCAAAACAUCAAUAUUUUGGUUAACUUUUGUUAGUUGAGUCAACUGUUUCUGUCAUUCUUAAUGAUGGAAAAUAACAAUUAUUUAUCAAUAUCUGAUAUACUGGUAACAAAUGAAAAAAUACCUUGUAAAUUCCUUCAUGAUUUACCUAAAAUGGGAUUUUUAGAUCCAUCUGCGGCAGAAGAUGAUUUAAAAGCUGGUACUAAUGUAGAAAUACCCUUGUGGUUAGCAGAAUCCUUGUACUCUAGAAGACCGCCGUUAGUAACAGUCGAUUUACCUAAGAUAUACAAAGAUUCGUAUCGGGAAAUCCUCAAUGCCGAUGCUUGUACAGUCGAUAUGCAUAAAUUAAGUCAGUACUUUUAUGAGUUUGGGUGUUAUAUAGCAAAACAUGACAUAAAAGGCGAAGUUGCAUCUACUCUAAUUAAUACAUUUAGGCAAAGAUUCCGAAUGUUACUGUCUGCAAGUGUGUCAACAGACUCAAUUGGGGCUAUACAACCUCUAUCUGUAAAUGAAAGGCACCAGGCUGCUGCCGCUGCUGCUAUGGAAAAAGCUCUCCAAACCUGGCUCCAUCGAGGAGACAGUGUCCUUACUACUGCUAAUAUGGUUGCUAAUCACCGGAAAAGAAAGAGAGCUGAAAUGGAAAUGUUUUAAUCAAUUUGUUACCAGUAAUACUAUGCUGAAGAAAUGUAAUUGUUAUUGUUUCCUUACAAUUAGGUAUAUAGAGUCAAUUAAAUAUUUUGUGAUACUGGGCUGAGCCAAUUAGGAGGUGCCUGUUUUUUACUUAUAAGCAUAAGAAUGAACUAGUUUUAUUAUUGGAUGUAUUAGUUUUGUUGCACUAUUUAGAUCCAUAAUGCAGACUCACUAGCCACAGUGAACUCCAGUUUUAAAACUAGUUUGGAAUAUCGAAUUUGUGUUUUGUUACUGCUAUUGAGAAAGAGUAAAAGGCACUAUGUGGUCACCACGGUAAACCUACUGUGUACGAUAUGUGCGGGUUUGAUGCUCGAGUAAGACAAGGGAUUGUGAGAACCACGAAUGCUUGGCCCUUUGUUUGUGUCUCUUUGUGCUUAUGACUUGAAUGUUUGUGAAACACAACCAACCGUAAUUAAAAAGAAAAAAAAAUAUUAUGGACGUCCACGUUUAACUUAAUAAUCUCUAAUGGCAAUUGAAAACUUAUGAACAAUUAAGCUAAAUAUCAA